AUGGCGCCUGCCAGCAGCACAGAACCGGCUGCAGUCAAGCACGUCACGCUGCACCAGUUCUUGAAGCUGCAGCGCCGGUUCAAGCCCGCCGUGAUGUGGAGCUGGGCCAUGGCGUCGGCCACCGGCCGACCGGCUCCCGACGGUGCGGCAGACGACGACGGCAGCCAGGGUGGGGCGUGGCCGCCGCGCUCGUACACGUGCACGUUCUGCCGCCGCGAGUUCAGGUCCGCGCAGGCACUGGGCGGGCACAUGAACGUGCACCGCCGCGACCGUGCCAAGAUGCGCGGCAGCCACCAUGGCAGCGCCACCGCACAGCUCGGUGGGGCGGCGCCGGCCACCGGUGAGACGCCCCACGCCGCGACGACGGAGUACGCGGUGCUGUACCCCAUACUGAACUCUAAUGCCGCCGGCGCGGUGCUCAUUCCCAGCGGCGACGUGCUGCUCUCCGCGCCCAUGGCUCUGGCGCCGGCACAUGACCGAUGCCACGAAAGCGACGACGAGGAGGAUGACAAGGAGGUCGACCUGGAGCUGCGCCUCUGGUGGCCGUGA